AUGGCAUACCUUUUAGCAAGUGCAAUUAUUUUGGCAUUGUUCUUGGCCGGAAUCUCACUUUAUCGCUAUGGCAAUAUCCAGAGACAACAUUUGCUCGUGACAUUUUCCGUUCUAACAGCUUGGUGCUUUUCAUUUUUGAUUGUUUUUACUAUUCCAUUGGAUGUUACUUCGACUGUUUACCGCCGAUGUCUUCAAAACAAAACAGAAGUCAUCAAUAAAGACGAUGGAUCGGCAGUGUUUAUCAAUCAUAAUGAAAACUGUGAAAAACCUUGGGGCCUAGUAUCGGAGUCGAUAUUUCCAAAUCUCUGGCGUAUAAUUUACUGGUCCUCACAAUUCUUGACAUGGUUAAUAAUGCCAUUGAUGCAAUCUUAUCUCAAAGCUGGUGACUUUACCAUCAAGGGUAAACUUAAAUCAGCUCUAAUCGACAAUGCCAUCUACUAUGGAUCGUAUCUCUUUAUUUGUGGAGUUCUACUCAUCUAUAUUGCAGCCAAGGGUGUAUCAUUAGAUUGGCAGAAACUCAAAGCCAUCGCAUCGUCAGCAUCGAAUACGUGGGGUCUGUUUCUGUUGGUGUUGUUAUUGGGAUACGCUUUGGUUGAAGUUCCUAGAUCAUUCUGGAACAAUGCCAAACCUGGCUUUACUCUUCAAUAUGCUUAUUUCAAAGCAGCCAAACUAAGUUCAGAAAAAGCCGAAGCUGAGGAGAAUGUCGAUGAUGUUCUGGAAUCAUUACAAGGCAUUAGUCGCUCAGUACCCAAUAAUCACGAACUGCGACCUUGUGUAGAAACGAUUUUAAGAAAGGUGCCAACAGAACUACAGGAACGUGCUAACCGCAAUUACAGUCGAGGUGGCAAUGGCUCGUCGACAAUUGUGCCAUCAGAGAAAGCACUCGUAAGGAUUCACAAGCAAGUGAUAAAAUCCUUACAGACACUUCAGCGAACCGAAGCUCUUUGGAGUGUUCAAGUUGAAACCGUAUUGCAUCUAGAAGAUGUUUCUCGAAAUAUUCACUCAUCUGAAAGACGUUUCAAAACCGAAUUCCCAAGAAGUCGAUCAAAUAUCUCCAGAAUUCUUUACAGUCCCAAAUUGGAUUGGUAUUGGGAAUGCAUGCUUAAGUCCCCAUUCUUGAAAGCUCUGUGCAUUGUAACGGCUACAAUGUCAUUCAUGGUCGUUUGGAGUGAAUUGACUUUCUUCAAUCGAAAACCAGUCUUGUCAAUCUUUGCCAACGUCAUUAACAUUGCCAAGGAAAACUACGAUUUCUUCACAAUCGAAUUGUUCUCGCUGAUUAUGUUGAGUUAUUUAUUCUACUGUACUUAUUCGACUAUACUACGCAUUCGAUUCUUGAAUCUUUACUACCUGGCACCACAUCAUCAAACCAACGAACACAGUUUGAUUUUUAGUGGAAUGCUUCUUUGUCGUUUGACUCCCCCAAUGUGUUUGAAUUUCCUCGGGCUCAUUCACAUGGAUUCGCAUAUCAUCAAACAGCGAAUCAUGGAGACUUACUACACCCAGAUUAUGGGUCACAUGGAUGUGAUCGGAAUCAUCUCAGACGGAUUCAAUAUCUACUUCCCAAUGUGUAUGCUUGCUUUCUGUUUGGCAACUUGGUUUAGCUUGGGGAGUAGAGCUUUGAAUGCAUUAGGAUUCCAACAGUUUUUACAAAAUGAAACUAUUGCCACGGAACUUGUGCAGGAAGGCAAAGAUCUAAUAGCCCGGGAAAAACGACGUCGACAGAGGGCCGAAGAUGCAAUGGCUCGUCGACGAGAUUUCAAUCGAACUGACUCGGCCGAAGUAAAUGGCUCGAGUAUAGGAAAAUAUCGCAAUUUGCGAGUUGGAGGUAGUCUCACACCUGCUGAUGGUCUGCUGAGAGAUGGUGAUCCAAUGGGAUAUGCAACUACCAAUCGGCAACCUGAUCUGACACGCAGUCUUUCCGAUGAGAUCAAUGAUCGUUUCGGAGUUAGCACACAUGUACAGAUUGGUUUUAAGGGCACAAGUGACUUAGAUGAUUUUGAAGAUGAACGAAGAAUAGGCCCACCACCAAGAGGGAUAUUUGAUGAUGUUUAGCAGAGUGCAAUAGAUGAUCGAAGAAGGUAUUAAAAUAUAAAAAAAGAGGCCAGUUGAUAAAUAAAUCAAAAUAACAUCAGGAAUUUGGCCAGUAGAUUGCAGAUAAAGUAAAAAUUAAUAAUCUAUUCAAAGCCAGAUACAGAUGAGGAUAGAAUGCUUGCAAAGACACUUUUUAGGCAACGAGUAAGGCUUUUAUCUAAACGAAGCCAUUAACUUAUCAAGUUUUACCGAAUAAAGUGUUUCAGGUUUAUUUUCGAAAGAUGAUCUUUCAGUAAAAAUUCUUGAGAACUGAAAUUAAAUUAAGGUCGACUAUAAAUUAAUAUUCUUGCCAUUUAUCCAAGUACUUUAUUAGGCAACAAGAAAAUUGACAAAAUUUCUCCUUAUCGUUUAUUAGUCUUUCCAAAAAAUAUUUUUUGAAAUAUCUGAGUUAAUUUUCAAUAAUGUCACAGGUUGAUAUAAUUAUUGAACGCCAUAUUUGAAAGAAGAGAAUCAAGUGUAGUGGAAGCCAAGUAGCAUCUUGAGGCGUAAUAGAUUUAGGCUGCCCUUAAGCUGUGACAAAAGAUGUUAGCAGCAAAUUAUGUGGCUAUCGCAUAAAGUUUUAUAUUUUAUGAAUCAAUGCUCUGAUCGUUUAUCUCAGCUCUAAAAAAGCUUUUUAAAUUUGUAAUCAAGUUUUGUUCGAAAAGCUUCCGGAAAUUUUACUCCCUUUCGCUAUUACAUCAUAUUUAAAGAAAGAGUUUUCAUUCACAAAUAGGAUCGAUUAACUUCAAAACAUUUAAAAUCCUACUCGUCAAUUAUUAUCAUCGUGAAUGCAAUUCCGCUGAGAAGUAAAAAUAAAAUUAUUUUAAAUUUUCGUUUUGGAUAUUGAAAUCUCUAUUAUUCUAAAUUCAUUGAAGCAUUUCGAAAACUUUUUGUUAAAAUAUCUCAAACCCACUGGAUCUGGCUUUUGUUAAAUGAAAAGAAAAAAAAAAACAAUUAUAAAUAUAUUUAGCUACAUAUUUACUUUAGUUUAAGACUUAUGAUAAAUAUUUAUUUAUAAAAAUAUAAAAAAUAAUAAUAAUAAAAAAAAACACAUUUAAAUAAUUGGCUUCAAGAACAAACCGAUAGUUUUUUUUUCGAUUCUUGAUUAUUUAUAUAUUUUUAAGCAACCCAAUAUAUAUAUUUUUUAAUUUCCUGUGUAAAAGACUUUUUUCGAAAUAAGAUAUUAUGUGUCAUUUAAUUAUACAUUAUAAUAAUUAUAAAUAAAACAUUUGAUUUUCCUAAAUCUUGUUAUUUGUUUAAGUACUGUGAAUAUAGAAACGGAUUUUUAAAUAAUAAUGUAUACGCUAAGUAUGAAUAUUGUUUCUUUUUUUUU